CCCCGGGAGGGCACCAAAGAGGAUGUCGACCGUAUAGUCAGAUGUUUUCAAAGACUACAAUUUGUUGUUGAGGUUGUAAAGGACGGUACACUUCAAACCAUUGAAACUAAAAUGCAACAAGUUUGCAAUGAAGACCACUCGGACAGCGACUGUGUUGUGGUUGUGGUGCUAACACACGGCGACGGACACAACCUUUGGGCCAAAAAUGUCAAAUACCCGACGGAAACAUUGUUUGAGUACUUUAAUGGCAAUCGUUGUCCGACACUUAUAGGCAAACCCAAAAUUUUUAUAAUUCAAGCCUGUCGGGGAGGGAAGGUAGACCCUGGAUCAACGUUAAGAGCCCUCGGGCCUACACCUGCCUUUACAUCUGCCCCCACAACUCCUCAACGUAUUUACACAAUACCAACAAACGCUGAUUUUCUCGUUUAUUACAGCACUUCUCCCGGUCAUUAUUCGUUCCGAAAUCCGGUCACCGGCUCUUAUUUCAUCGACAAUUUAGUAUACAUUUUGAAUAAUUGUUGUUAUAAUGGUAAUUAUCAAUACAAUCACGACCUGGUCACUUUAUUCACACUCGUUAACCAAUUGGUGGCCAUUAAGUUUGAAUCCCAUAAUUCAAAGAGACCUGAGAUUCACGGGAAGAAACAAAUGCCGGUUUGA